ACUGCAGCCAGUUGAUGAGGAGCUCCUGACAUCUGGAAGCAGCACAUCUGCAGCAGCCAUAAAGCUGCUUUUGUUUCCCAGGGCUGCGGAGAAGAGUCAGGAAGGAAUGUCCCCCCGCGGCCGCCGUCCCUCCAGCUUGCUACAUUGUUGCAGAUCAGCUGUGUAGGAGGAGAGGAAGGGGAGCCGGAGGACGGAGCCCGGCACUGAGCAGCUCCCUUUUUCAUGUUUCGUUAAUGUGGACCGAAAAACUGGAUUCUAACCAGGAUUAAGCAGAAGGUCCCCAACAUGACCCACAUUCCAAUCGAUCAGUCGAAUCUGCCGCGGGUCAAUGAAGUUUGUCGGGAAUUUGCAGUUUUGGAAGACGGGGCCUUGGCACACUGCUUACAGGAACAGGAAAUCGAGCAGCAUUAUGCCUCCAACGUCCGGAAGAAUAAGCUAGUCCAGAAGGACAUUCGUAUAGCGAAGAAACUCCAGGAUGAAGAAGAUCAACAGAGCAAAGUCUUGAGCCUGGAGCAACAGAAACAAAUUGAAGAAUUAGACUCGGAGUACGCCCGAGCUGUACAGGAAGAGCUACAGAGGAAAGCACAGGAGUGCCUGCAAAGAGAGGAGGAAGACAAGGAAAUUGCCAAAAGGCUUCAGCAGCUGGAAGAGGAAGAGCUGCAGCAGAAGGCUCAAGACAGUUUAGGAGAGCAAAGUGGCUUGCCAUUCUUGGACAAUGAUGACGAAGAGGAAGGCUACUCCUUCCAAAACGAUAAUUCUAAAUACACAAGCUCCUCAGAUUACAUACGAGGUCCAAGAAGCUCUGAGAGGGAACACAUUCCAAAACGUUCUGAGGAACUCUCCAGCAGAAUGAAUCCUAGCCGCAUCUCCUUUGGUCAAGUCCACUAUGACAGCAACGGGUCAAAAAAUUCCAAAACCCCUGAUCAGUGGAAAGAGCCUGGUCGUAAGGAUCAAGUGCAGUUUCCAUAUAGGAACCCUAGACACUCAGCAGAGAGGAGUCCAUGCCAUUCGAGUGGCAUUGAGGCAACUCCCACCCACGACAAGGAUAAGGUCCGCAAAGAUGAGAAACUCAGAAGCCACCGAGAAAAACACUGCAAGCACCACUCUGAUCGGUGUAGGCGCUCCAGCUCAGAUAGUGAUGACUACCCAGAACAUUGUGCUAGAGACAAAAGAAGUCGCCGUUCACAAUGGAACCAAAAUCGAGAACUCCACCACCACCACCAUCACCAUCGAUCUUCUAAUAAUCAUUCGUCUAGGUUGUCGAGUCACGAUUUGAGAACAGGUGAGGACACCAGGCCAAACUUCGACAUAGACCCCCUGCACUGGAAAAUGGCCGAACUGCAGGUCCAGAGCUCAGACCAGCUCUUACGGGAUGAAGAACUGGCACGCCGAUUGCAGGAAGAGGAAGAAAAACGUGUAGCAAAACUGAAACGGCAUGACCAGCAUGAGGACUUCCGUGCAGCUCAGGUCGCACAGGAUGAAGAGAUCGCAAAGUACAUCCAGAGGCAGGAGCUGAGAGCCAAUAGGAGGUCGGAGGACCUGGACCUGCCAGGGGACAGUGAUGAUGACGGCAGCAUCUGUAGCUUCUCCGAUAGGAAAAGCAUAGGAAUAAAGAAUGAAGUGCCUUCAUAUAACCAAGGACGUUUGGACUCUGAGGGCCUGGCAUCACCCACCGAGUGUCGUACACCCGAGAAAAUGGAGCUGUCAACAGUGGAAGCAAGUUGCGACCAGGCCAAGCUGAGCUCUCCCAGGAAUAUCGCAGAGGAACUCGAUCCAACGUUCAAAUCUAAGAAGGAGUCCCACCCAGAAGUAUUCACUGUCUGCUCUGAAGAAUUUCCCGUUUCGGCACAGACUCAACCCGUCCCGGUAGAUGGAUUGUACGACUUAAUGGACGAUGGCACCGAUCCAAUAUUUAUACCACCGACAAAGAGGCAAGCAGAGAAAGUGGGACGCAAUAAACCCAAAGACAAGAAGGAAGGAUGCAAGCAGCAGUGACUUGUGAUUUAGAAGUAUUAUUUUUAUUUCCUUCUAGCUGCCAUCCUAUUGCCAAACUUUGCGUUCAGUGUCGGUUCAUCAUCGUGGGCGCUCUUCGACGUACGUCAGCAAAAGUGUAUAAACUCAUUCAGGGAUGAAGACGAAAAUCUGAUUUAUUCUAUUUUAAUUUCGUUUCUUUUGGAAUACCGGUGCCUUAGGCAUUUUUUCUGACUCUAGAGAAUGGCUGUUAACUAAUAGCGCCGAUCAUAUGUGUUCGGCAUCCAAGAAGCACAUUUUAGCAACCUACUGUCCGGUCUAUUAGAGGAAUAUAAUAUCAUUAUUAAUAUUAUUAGCUGUGUGCUAUAAAACUUGCUUAUGACAAGCAUUGUGGAUUAUCCGUCUGUCAUGUACAUGAAUUAUCCAAGUCUAGAAUUAAAAUGACUGCCUUUUGAAAA